AUGGCCGGAUUCACCAACAACUUGAGAACAAUAGCACUGCAAAGGCCGUAUGACCCAGCAUCACAGCGUCGAGCUCAAGCCACUGUCGAUUUGUACCGCCGUACCCCUAGGUUCCCUCCUCUGCCGGAACCCAAGCAACCGACGGAAAUUCACCAACCACGAAUUGAAGUCUUCAGUUUACCUAUUGAGAUAUACCAGAUCAUCAUACACCACGCGACUGUGUCGGGCGAUAUUGACUAUGAGAAAGACCACGGCCUUUGUCUCAAUAACAUUUUUGCUCUGGCACGUACCUGCCGGGUGUUCCAAGAGAUUGUUGAGGCAUUUCUGUAUAAACAGUCCGGGUUUGAACGACUGGCAGAUAUUGAGUACCAAUAUUUAUUCAGGUUCUCGUUAGCUGUCGAGCCUCGGCGGGCGCGUCUUAUACAAAAAUUGGAUCUUUACUGGCACCAUAAGCCAAGCAACAGUCGGCUCAUGGUCGAUACAGUCCGAGCCUGCCCAAACUUCUCAACACUUAAUCUGGUGCGGCUCUAUCGGACUAAAUCAUCAUACAAAAAUGCCGAGUUCUACAACCAAAAGCUUAGUGAACUAGCUAAGCUGCUGAAUACGUCUCCCUCCGUCACGUCUUUUCACUUUAAGUUGGACAAAUUACCGGCGUGCGAACUGGAACGUUACCCAGUCCUUCCCAAUGAGAAGCGUUUUGUAAAGUUUGCCCAGCAGCUAACUGACGUUAAACUAUAUGGAUAUGCGGAAUGGUUCCAGCAUGCUGUUCUGCCACACCUAUCGUCUAGCCUAACGUCAUUCUCUAUCACAUCAAGAGACGCGCUGUCAGGAUUCUUUCCCCAGCUCUGGCAGCAAAGUCCUGCCCUGCAGAAACUCCACAUCGCGACGUUCGGGAGCAAGCUAAAAUUAACAGACGAGGUUAUUGAGUCUCUCCGACUCUGGGGACCGACACUAUGUCGUUUCCAUCUAGAUCUUUUCACACGUGACGAAAUCAAGCUGGGUCUGCUUUUGCCAUGGAUGCCCGUCCUGGAGGAGCUCAUUCUAGGCGACUGCAAUAUAAUCGGAACUGAAGGCAUAAUGGAUAUUGCUCGUGCAAGCCUGCCGCGGCUCAGGACCAUUGAUCUGGGCGCUAUGAAGCUUGCACGACCCGAGGUGAACGCAGCUCUCGUCGAGAUGAUCAGUAGACACGCAGCUACUAUUCAACGGAUCAGCAUCUCAGAACGCUACAAAAUGGAUAUAUAG